AUGAGGUCGUGCACUUUCCUCGCGCUGUUUUACUGUAGCGUCGCCGCUUUAGCGAGCGGCACAGCCACGGAGCCAUAUGCAACGUUCCCCGUUUGCGAUGUUGCCGUGGAGUCUGCACUGUGUCUACACGGGGCGCAGAAGGUUCUGCUUCCCAAUGCUCAGCCAUUUGGGCUUGAACUGCAUAUAACCUUCGACAGCGUCAGGCCUCUCGACGAUAGUGGCAAGAAGAACCACGCCUCCGGGGAAGUGAUGGCAGCAGCUGGCAUCGGAGGGAGUGGCAGUUCGGGACUUUUCCGACGCAACUAUGUAUAUGUUCCUAGUACAGAAGGACUGCAGACGGCAGACUUCAGCUACACAAUGUUCGCGUAUCUGCUUGAAGACGCAGAGUCACGGGCGAAUAACGAGCUCCACGACCAAUAUUGCCCCCUCAUUCACAAGGGGAUCAUGAAGGAAAAUGUGCAGGAGGCAGCCCCCGCGAUUUUGAUUGACCCACGGGAUGGCAGAAUCAAGGUUGUCGUCGCCACCUCACAAAGCCAUGAAACUCCGGGGGAGGAAAUGAUGAGCAAUUCGCGAAUGAAACCCCAUCAGUGGUACCACAUCGCCGUGAUACGACGGAUGAACCGGGUGUUUCUAUACGUUGAUGGCAUACUUGAUUCCAGCAUGGUGACGCAUGGCCUCACACGAACCAACGAUCUGCCGUUGUACAUCGGGUCAGCACCAUACGCUGAAGAUGUGUGUGAUAUGCCUCUCCUCAUUGACGAGCUUAAGGCAUACUCAUAUGCACUAGGGAGAGAUAAUAUCCAAGCUGAAGCGUCUAUCGCGCUCGCCGGAGUGGAGCCCUCAUUCAUUCAUAUCGGCUGCGUCGAUUGCAACAAAGAAGAGGCCGCGUCCGCGUGUCCUGAUGGCUACCAUCUCUGCGACAAAUUGGAGUUGUACAGUGGAGGAUACCAGGUUGCUCGGAAGCUAUCUCUCGGGACAUCUCUUGUCGCAGCAGGAUCAGCAACGCCAGCAAAGGGAACAGCUUUAUGCUGCAGUGAUGCCUGA